ACGACAAAAUUUUAAUUUUGGGUUGGACUAUCCCUUUAAGAUUAACUGUAAUAUUAAUAAAAAAAAGUUAACCACCUCUGAUUAAGUUUUUAUUAUUAUUUUAGCUAAGUUCUUUGGUUUAUUUGCUGGCGUUUACAAAUCAUAUAAAAUGUUUAGUUGACAAGUGAUAUCUUGAGGUCAGUUAUUGUGAAUGAAGUCAACCAGUUAUGGAAACUUUCCUACAAGGAAUGUUUUACACUAUAUGGCCAGAAAUAUGUUAACACCUAAACAGCAUAUCAUAUUAUGGUUGUUGAGCAUUAAAUAUCAAAACCUUUGGUAUUAAUGGUUUCCACUCUUCUUGUAAGUCCUCAAACAUGUCUAUAGGAACAUGCUGCCAAUUAGACAUGUGUCAGUGAGGUCAGACACUGAUGUAGGAUGAUGGAGCCUAUAGCUCGCAAUCAGCAUUUCUGUUUAUUCCACAGGUGUUCAAUGGGGUUCAGGUCUGGGCUUUUGUGUAGGCUUGUCAAGUUCUUCCUCAGUAAAUCAUUAAUUUUUGGGCAUUGCUUUGUGCACAAAGGGGGCAUUGUCAUGCUGUAGGAGAAAAAAGCCCUUUCCAAAUGGUCUCAAAUUUGGAAGCACACUAUUCUAAAGAAUGUCAUUGUAAGUAGUAUUUGUAAGAGUAUUUUUGAGAUUUUUCCACCCUGGAAUUAAAGGGCCUUGCCAAAUAGUUUGCUCAUUAAUUAGAAAUUACAUGUUCACAUACUUUUUGCCACUCACUAAACUCAAGGUCAAAAUAAAACUAAAUUCAGUUUUAAGAAUAACUGCUGAGAUACAUACAUCUGUUUUUUUUUUUUUUUUUUUUUUUUACUUAAGUGGGUCAAGUCUCUAUCGUGAAAAGGAUUGAAGGCUGUAGGCUGAUCAUUAUUUAACUGGAACAGGAAGAAUCAUUUCAGUCCAUGUUCGGGUCAGUGAGCUGUUCCCAUGAUGAGGGAUGUUAAUCAGUCCUUAUUGGAACAGUCAUUGUGCUCCACUUUCACAUUGCACAAAUUGAUUUGGCUCACUGCAUCCACUCAAACAAUCCAUACACCCUUAUUUUGGGUCAAAAAGUGCUUUUUUCCAUCAACAUCUGCCCUAAAUUACUUCUCUAAACAAUAAACAGUGGAAACACUUUUGUAGUUAAUGACUAAAAAUCGAAACAGCUUUUCAUGGUCUACAUUUCCUCCUGGUGACCUCUUUACCUCUCACAGUGUUAUCCAACUCACUGCCAACAUUUCAAAUGAAACAUUCAAACUUGAAAUAAUGUAAUGACAAUAAGGCCAUUAUGUGGAAGGGGAUGUCUAUCUCUAUGUCAGUGCCAUUUAUUAUCAAUAUUAUACAUAAUUAUAGCUCAUAGCCACAGAGUAAAGUUUGCCAACACUAUACAAAUAUAUCUAUUUAUUUUUUCUUAUAAAAUAAAGACUAAAGCACCAUCAUCCAGAAAUAGCAACAGGUUCAGUAUGAUUUUAACAAGAUCCAAAUAUUUAUUGUGUUUUUCUUUUUUUACUGUAACCGUAGGCCAAGUGAUAAUUUUUGUCCAUUACGACAGGCCAAGCCCCAAUCCACUUAAUGAUCAAUAAUAACUUGGUGGUGCAUUGAUUAGUAUAUAAAAAGCUAAUGUAGGGAGCCACUAUUUACAGAUUUGACACAGAGAGGAGAACAGCACUGUUUAUUAUUUAACAAGAGAAUUUAACUGCUCUUUUCGCUUCUCUAAACAAAAUUACCAUCAGUUGUGAUUACAAUUAAUUUACCACUGAGACAUCAAACCAUACAUCAUGAGCCAUCACUCCUCAUGGAGAGGGCAUCAUUGUGGCCCUGGAGACAUCAACUGCACUACAGGCUUUAAGGAGUCAUUGGGCAGCAGGAGCUACAAGUUGCUCCAUGUGCCUUUCCACGGGCCGACCCACAGCCACCACCAUGAGCCUCCACACCCGUUCCCCACUGUGGAUGUUCCUGAUCAUGCUCACUACAUCAUUGGUUCUGUCAUCUUAAUAGUCGGCAUUACUGGAGUGAUUGGAAAUGCGCUGGUGAUCUACGUGUUCUGCCGGAGCCGUACUCUUCGCACCGCAGGGAACAUGUUUGUGGUGAACCUGGCUGUUGCUGAUUUCUUCAUGUCCCUCACCCAGUCGCCCGUGUUCUUCGCAGCCAGCCUGCACAGGCGCUGGGUGUUUGGCGAGCGCUCUUGUGAGCUCUAUGCUUUUUGUGGGGCUCUCUUUGGGAUCUGUUCCAUGAUGACUUUGACCGCCAUCGCUUGUGAUCGCUGCCUCGCCAUAACUCAGCCUCUCACCCUCGUAGGCAGAGUUAGCCGACGCAAAGCAGGCGUGGUGUUGGCCGUCGUGUGGCUCUACUCCCUGGGCUGGAGCCUUCCACCAUUCUUUGGCUGGAGUGCUUAUGUUCCAGAGGGUCUUCAGACUUCCUGUUCUUGGGACUAUAUGACCUUCACUUCAUCAGUGCGUGCAUACACCAUCCUCCUCUUCAUUUUUGUGUUCUUCAUCCCACUAGGGAUUAUUGCCAGCUGUUACUUUGGGAUUUUCCAAGCUAUCCGAGCUGCGGGGAAGGAAAUACGAGAGUUGGACUGUGGGGAAACGCACAAGGUGUAUGAACGCAUGCAGAACGAGUGGAAGAUGGCGAAAGUUGCCCUCCUGGUCAUUUUGCUUUUUGUAAUAUCGUGGUCGCCCUACUCUGUGGUGGCCCUCACCGCCACAGCUGGCUAUUCCCAUCUCCUGACUCCCUACAUGAAUUCAGUACCCGCUGUGAUCGCCAAGGCCUCAGCCAUCCAUAAUCCCAUCAUCUACGCAAUUACGCAUCCAAAGUAUCGGGCGGCUAUUGCCCGUUACAUUCCGGUACUCCGCCUCAUCUUGCGUGUCAAAGAGAAAGAUCUUCGUUCCUCUUUUAGUUCUAGCAGUGUCAGUUCCCGUCGUCCAACCCUCACCAGCCAGUGCUCUCUGGGGGUUAGCAUUGGCAAUGCUGCGCGAGCUAAUGGCCGCUGGGGGAAGACGCGCUUGUCUUCUGCUUCAGAUAGUGAUUCUUGUUGGACUGAGAGUGAGGCUGAUGGUUCCAGUGUCAAUUCCCUGACCUUUGGCCAUUGUGUGUCCAUGGAGAUCUCUACAGAUACUGUCAUUCUCUCACCAGGGUCAAGUAUGAACAGCUCCAGUGGGCAGAAGCCAGAGAAGACACAUAAAGUUGUAAGCGUACCAGUGCCAUCUGUUACAUUUGAAAUAGAUGCAGCUGACGGCGAGUCUCUGUCUGAUGGGAAAGCUUUGCUCCUCGGGGGGGAAGUAAGGGAAUGAUGCAGCGUUUCAGAAUAACUUUGGUUGUAGUAAGUUGAGUAGUUGCUUUGACCUAUUCUUAUUUUGUAAUAAAUACUUAUUUAUAUGUCAUUCUUUACUCUGCAAGCCUCUGUCUUGUUAGUUUUGUGAACUUUGUUUUUAACUGUUUUCAGGUUUGUGUGAAUUUAUUUAAUUUCAAAUGCAUUUAU